AUGGUCAUCCUUUUAAUAGAUUCUUAAAUAUCAAUCAAAUUCAUUCAUACUAGCAUUUAUCGCUCGAUUUUAGGCCAUGAUUAACCAUCUCCUUAUCUUAAACUGUUUCCUUAUUUUUUACCUAUUUCGUUUUUAUUUUCAUGGAAAUGGGAAAUGGAAUUAGAGAAUAGUCUAUCAAACCAAAUUGUAGGGAUAAUCCAGGAAGAAAGGAAGAAGAUCGAAACUAUAUACUUAAUCUGCUUUUCUUUUAAUGAAAAAGCAAUUGUAGAUGAAGUAAUCAUUUUAUAAGCAAAUGUACUUUUGAUAUAGGCAGAAUAAGAACGUUAAGAUCUGAUACCAAUUAUUUACAGACUCUUAACAAGGAUGAUAUUUAACAUGGAAAUGGAAUUAUCUUAAGAUAUCUAUGAACUUAAUUUGUUGCUAACUGCAUCUAUCUUAAGUAGCUCAGAGAAUUUGAAACAUAAAUUUGUUUUUGCUAGUCUUGAUUAUUUUGAAAAAAUGUUGGAGAAAGUUAAAAGCAUGGGGAUAAAAUAACCAGGGUUAUCAAUAUAAUAUGACAUUUUUAUCUGGAAGAUGAUGAAUAAAGGUAUCCCUUACCUACCUAUGAAUAAAGAAGCAUUAAGAGCAAUAGCUGAUGGAUUCAAGAUGAAAAUAACUUUUGAUAGUAAUCAAUCAAAAAUACGAAAAAAUAAUAAAUAUAUGCUGUAAGGCUCAGUACCUAAUGGGCUGAAUAAAUAGCAUCAAAUUUUUUCUCUAGAAAUCAAUUGCUAGAAUAAUAGUUAAAUCAAAAAAUGA